UAUUUAUAUAAAUAUAUUUUCUAAACUAUUCUAAUAUAUGAGUGUUUUAAAACUUUUAACACAAUAAUAAGUACAUAGUUUGAUGAACGUUUUUUUACAUAUAUAAAUAAUUUGAUGUUUGAUUUGACUAUUUAAAAUCAUAAAUAAUAACUUAACUUGUGACCGAGUAUGAAACAAAUUUUCUUGCUUUUACUUUAAACCAGUUUAAGUUUAAUCCGUGAACACUAUAACUUCAGUUGGUGACGACUAGAAGAAUGAAAAAUAUGAAAAAAAUAAAAAAAUGAAAUUUCAUUUGAGGAAUUGAAAAAUAAAAAGAAUAUGAAUUUUUUGUUCAAUUUGUUCCUUCUCAAAAUUGCAUAGGAAAUUUUUUCUUAUAAAUUCAUUUCUCCAUGGGAAAUUUUGAAGAAAAAAAUGGGAUCUUCCUUUCAAUAAUUUGACUAAAAUUUUAACAUAACUGGUAUAAAUUUUGAGGAACAAAGAAUUCAGCAUAAUUUUUUCCUUCGACAUAUUUACCAAUUAGAGUUUUAUAAUGCCGAUUUUUGAAAUAAUAAGAUAUAAAAUAAUGAUUAUAUAUAUAUAUUUUUUUGGUCGAAAAUGAUUAUAUAUAUAUAUAUUCAAAAUUUAUCAUUUACCUAACAAACUCAAUUUAAAAUCUUUUGGAAAAGAGGAAUCCCUGAUGUGGCGCUAAAGUCGCAGUGAAAGCUGUUAGAUACCAGAUUGAGAGAAUCCAAGCAAAUUUUUUUUUUCAUUUAUCUCUUGCAGCAAAAACAACUUAAUUUCAAGCUUGUACCAAAGUACAAGGCACUCUAUAUAAGUCACCACAAACCAUAGUCUUACCCACUAGAAAACAUCUCUCCUCCGUCUUUAUCUUUUUACUAUUUUCUGAGUCUUUUUGUUUCUUUAAUCAUCUGAAGUAAAAAUGGGAGGAAGUAAAAUGCCAGAAGUUUAUGACAUCAAUGUGGAAGCCGCUCUUACUAUUGUCCCAACUGAAGCACCCAUUGUGUCUUCUUACAAUGAUCGGAUCAGGCCGUUGCUUGACACAGUGGAUCGGCUGAGGAACCUGAAUGUGAUGAAAGAAGGGAUCCAGCUUCCGACCAUUGUCGUAGUUGGAGACCAGUCCUCUGGAAAGUCCAGUGUUCUUGAAUCAUUGGCAGGAAUCAGUUUGCCUCGUGGGCAAGGAAUCUGCACUAGGGUUCCUCUUGUUAUGAGACUACAGAGAAGCCCUAGCCCUGAACCUGAGAUCUGGCUUGAGUUCGGCGACGAAAGAGUUGACACUGACGAGGAGCAUAUCGCAGAAUCUAUUUGCACCGCAACUGAGGCAAUUGCUGGAUCUGGUAAAGGUGUCUCAGACACUCCCCUGACCCUCCAUGUAAAAAAAAAUGGUGUUCCUGAUCUGACGAUGGUGGAUCUCCCCGGAAUAACCCGGGUUCCUGUGAACGGGCAGCCUGAAAACAUUUAUGAACAGAUCUCCGGGAUGAUCAUGAAGUACAUCGAGCCACAAGAAUCCAUCAUUCUCAACGUUCUCUCAGCUACGGUAGACUUCACCACUUGUGAGUCCAUCCGUAUGUCUAGGCAAGUUGACAAAACAGGGGAAAGGACUCUAGCUGUCGUCACAAAGGCCGACAUGGCUCCUGAAGGUCUCCUGCAGAAGGUAACGGCAGACGAUGUGAACAUUGGACUAGGUUACGUCUGCGUCAGGAACCGUGUAGGGGAAGAAACCUACAAAGAAGCUAGGAUGCAAGAAGAGUUACUUUUCAAGACUCAUCCGCUGCUUUGCAUGAUCGACCACGACAUUGUUGGCAUCCCUGUUUUAGCUCAAAAGUUAAUUCAAAUCCAGGCGACGAUGAUUGGCCGUUGUUUGCCGGUCAUUGUACAAAAGAUUAACGAGAAGAUGGAAACAAGCGAGUUUGAGUUGAAGAAGCUACCAAUGGUGAUGACAUCUUCAGGGGAAGCUCUGAUGACGUUCAUGAAUAUCAUUGGUUAUGUCAAAGAGUGUCUCCUGAGAAUUCUUAUCCAAGGAGACUUCUCUGAAUAUCCAGAUGAUCAAAGCAUGCACUCUACUGCUCGCUUGGCUGAUAUGUUGAGCAAAUUCUCAGACAACCUCCAAGCAAAGCCGGAGGCGGCGAACGAGUUCUUGAUUGAUGAAAUCAAAGUCCUAGAAGAAUGCAAAUGCAUCGGACUGCCUAAUUUCAUCCCUAGAACAGCCUUUUUAGCUAUUCUUUCACAGCGUGUUGAUGGCAUGCACGCUAAGCCGGUGGAGUUCAUCAGAGAGAUAUGGGACUACGUUGAAGUUGUUCUCUCGUCAGUCAUCACCAAAUACUCUGACAACUUUCCCCAGAUUCAACCUUCCAUCAAACGAGCCGGUCGAACGCUAAUAACCAAGAUCAAGGAACAGUCUGUGAGCCGAGUGGUUGAGAUCGUUGAGAUGGAGAAACAGACGGACUACACAUGUAACCCUGAGUACAUGACAGCAUACACACAGAAGAUUGCUAAUCAAGCAAGCUUCGUCAGUCAUGUACAGAGCAAUUAUUCAAACUACGGUGAUGUGGGGAUUUCGCAUCUGAGGGGGUAUAACUCUCAGCUGCUUAGCCAAGCGUUCGACAUGAAUGUGAGGAUUACAGCCUACUGGACCAUCGUCGUGCGACGGGUUGUGGAUAACAUUGCACUCUACCUUCAGUUCACUGUGAAGAAUCUUGUCAACAGUCAGUUUCAGAAGGAGAUAGUGGCGGAAAUGGUGGAUCCUAGGGGCGGAGGAGAAGUUGAGAAGAUGCUUGAUGAGUCUCCGUCCGUGGCGUGCAAAAGGGAGAAGCUGAAGAACAGUAUCAAGCUGCUCAAGGAGUCAAAGGACGCUGUUGCGGCCAUUGUUUAUCGGAACUCGGGGUAAGGCGACCGUUGAGCUAUUGCUUCUUUCUCGUGAAGAUCAUGUGUUCUUCGAGAGUGUUUCUCUUUUCAGUUUCUUUUUUCAGUUGUGGCUUUUGUGAUCUCUUGAACUUUGGUUUAUCGUUUAUGUUAAGUUUUUAAAUGUUUUAGUU